CUGCCUUUUUCUUUUUGUUGAAAACCAGAGAGGGAACAAAUUAGGCCCCCACACUCGCCAUCGCCUUUCGCUUUUGCUCCUCCGUUUUCGUCACAGGCGGAGCGAGAGGGACUGCGCAGUUACUCGGCACACUGCUGCGAACACUGGUGGGCGGUGGCGGCGACGGCGAGGUGUGGGGAGAAGAGCGGAGAGGGAGAGGAGACGAGCCGCGGAGGACACGGAGCGGCGUCACCGAGGAAGGCAUCUCUGGGGAUCUCCACCUUCCCCCGUUCGAGGGUGGAGGAGCUGUUCCUGCUCCGCUACUCACGGGGGAGCUGCUUUCGCCGGCCGCGCACGGGUAGUUUGCCCCAGGAGCAAGGCGAAGUGCUGUCUCUGCUGAAAUUCGCCACUUGUUGAAGCGGUCGAAUCCUCGCUGGUGCUUCUGUGUGUGGUAUGCGAAGGUUUCAGUCAUUCAAUGGAGGUAGUGGAUAAGAUCGCGGAGCCCAAGGACCCUCUGGCGUUCGCUGCUCGGAAGGAGCCGCCGCCGCCGCUGCUGAUACCCAUAAAGGCGUCGUGGAAAGGGAAGACCUCCCAGGAGGAGGAGCAGGAGCAGGACGAGAAGGACCUGCCGGAUGACGGCGAGGAGAGCUUCCGCACCGUGGAUUCCUCAGACGAGGGUGGCCGGACCUCCUUCUCCGGGGCCAGCCACCCCCUGGAGCCGAUCGACAUGGACCUCAUGAAGACGGUCUACGUCGCGAUCGACGAGGAGAGGCCCGAGCCGCCGGUGCGAGGGCUGUCGGCGAAAGGGCCGUUCCUGGAUGACCUUUCGCUCCGUGUCACGGGCAUGAAGGCGAGUGCCGGCGGCGCGGAAGGCUUGGCUGAAGAGAGGAAGCUAUCCGGUGCUGCUGCGGUGGCGUCGCUGGCCACGGCGCGCUCGUCGCAGGCUGCCGAAACCGUGUCCCUGCCGCCGGACUCGGAGGAGAAGGACUGUGUCUGGGAUGCCUCGCUCCCUCCCAGCGGCAAUGCCAGCCCUCACAGCAGCAUCGACAGCAUGGGGGUGGCCACCGCCAUGAGCAUCGUGAGCGGCUGCAGCAACACGUACAAAACCGAAGCCAUGCCUAGCAGAGCCGUGCUUGCUGUGGAGAGGAACUCUGGAAGUGUAAAGGGUAGCAUUCGAGGCGACUCUUUGGAAAGCGCGAAGACUAGCAUGAGCAGAGCAAGUGACAGCAGCGGCGUUAGCGAUGAUAGCAGCUGGAGCCAUAUCACUGGGAGUACCAGCAAGCCUCAUAAGGGGAAUGAUCCUAGAGGAAAGGCGGUUCACGCUGUACGGGUUCGAGAUGGCGCGCUUGGGAUGAGCCACUUUAGACUGCUCAAGCGUCUGGGCUGUGGUGACAUUGGCAGUGUGUACCUCUCGGAGUUAAGUGGAACUAGGUGCUACUUUGCUAUGAAAGUGAUGGACAAGGCAUCCUUGGCCAGUAGGAAGAAGUUGAAUCGGGCUCAAACUGAGAGGGAGAUUCUACAGCUUCUGGAUCAUCCGUUCCUGCCUACUCUGUAUACGCAUUUUGAGACCGACCGGUUCUCGUGCUUGGUCAUGGAAUUUUGUCCGGGUGGUGACUUGCACACUCUGCGACAGAAACAGCCAGGAAAACAUUUCUCCGAAUAUGCAGCAAGGUUUUAUGCUGCGGAAGUUCUUCUAGCUAUAGAGUAUCUACACAUGCUGGGAGUCGUGUACAGGGACCUGAAGCCAGAAAAUGUUCUGGUGCGUGAUGAUGGCCACAUAAUGCUUUCAGAUUUUGAUCUCUCCCUGAGAUGUGCAGUCUCACCUACACUAAUCAGAACAUCAGCUUUUGAUUCUGAUCCCAGAAGAGCGGGUGGUUCAUUCUGUGUACAACCUACUUGCAUGGAACCUACCUCAGCCUGUAUUCAGCCAGUUUGUUUCAUGCCCAAAUUGUUUGGUCAGAAGAGCAAGAAAAAGGUUAGGAAGACAAGGUCUGAGUUGGGACAGAGUGGCAUUAACCUGCCUGAGCUCCUCGCAGAGCCAACAUCGGCUCGAUCAAUGUCGUUUGUUGGCACUCAUGAGUACUUGGCCCCAGAAAUCAUCAAAGGUGAAGGCCAUGGAAGUGCCGUUGACUGGUGGACAUUUGGUAUAUUUUUGCACGAGCUUCUAUACGGCAAGACACCAUUCAAGGGGUCAGGCAACCGUGCCACACUGUUCAACGUGGUUGGUCAGCAGCUAAAAUUUCCGGAAUCACCUUCCACAAGCUAUGCUAGCAGGGACCUUAUCAGGGGGCUCCUGGCUAAGGAACCACAGCAGCGUCUCGGUGUGAAGAGGGGUGCGACGGAGAUAAAACAGCAUCCAUUCUUCGAAGGCGUGAACUGGGCUCUCAUCCGUUGCAGCACGCCUCCUGAGGUUCCCAGGCCUGUCGAGGCGGAGCUGCCCAUGAAGUACGGGGUGUCAGAAGCCAUCGCCAGCAACAACAAGAGGGCGGUUGGCACGGACACGAAGUCCGGAGGGAAGUACCUUGACUUUGAGUUCUUUUAGAGUUGUGCCUAGCGGCAGAGCUAUUGCUUGCAUACUGUUUGAGUUAGGUCAGUGUGGUGUUGUGAUUUGAUACGUGCUGUCUGAACUGGCCAAAAUUAGGUAGAUGUGUUUGAUCUCCAUAUCCUGAUGGGAAUAGCCUAUCUCUAUUUCAAAACAUGUGUCGAGUGCUACAAACUGCAUUGCAGAAAGAGUGACGUGUUUGGACUU